CCACUGAGGGUGGACGCUACCCCUCUCCCGCAGGCUGGCCACGCUGGGUGUGCUCUCCCACCCUCCCUCCCUCCCACGAACUCGCCCACGCUACCUGAUAUUACUCUCAACUUGUUAGCGUAUCAGUGCUCACCUUCACUUCCUCUAACACGAGGGGACAAGUGCUUCUGAAGAUUAUGCAAGUGACUGAAAUAUUUCAUACAUUACUAUGGUGUGUGUGCAACAUUGAUUGAUGAGAUAGAUACUGAUACAUAUUGCCCGUGACGAAGGUGAACUGAUGAAGUCAUUAGUGUAGCUGGAGUGUUUACUAGCCCUAAGUGCCGUAGUGGAGCGUCUUAACUACGGCUCAGUAGGACUGCGCCACCCCUCGCCUCAUCUGUGGGAAUGACAAUGAAGCAGUAAAGAUGCGGACAAACGACGUGAUGAACCAGGCGGCUGCAGCAGCUACUGCAGGUAUAGGUACAAGCCUUCUGGCUCUUGGGGGUGCCAUCUCUGCUGCUAAUGCUAAAGGAUCACCUUUGGCAGGAGUCUCGCCUGCCUUAGCUUUUGACCUUACGGCAUAUACGCAAUUACUUCAGCAAAUGGCUUCCAAAAUUUAUCCAUAUGACCCAGCAUCAAUGGCAGUCUCUUUAGCAGCCCUUAGUCCAGGUUCCCACCUGCCUCUAGCACUCACAGCACCCCUCUCUCUUACUGCCAGAAAAACUGUAUCAAAUGCUGAUAAGACUACCAUGACAUCUGCUUGCUCAGUACCUGAUAAUGAUAUCAAAAUGAUCUGGCAGCCAAGUGAUAAGCCUGAUAUAAAAAAAGAAGAAGGUGAAGCUGCCUUAGACCUAACAACUCAAGGUUUAAAGUCUCUCUAUUCCUCUUACCGCCGAGCAACACUAGAUGAUAUCAAGCCAAAGGUGGUUGAAGAUAUCUGGAUUGAGAAUGAUUUGAGACUCUCUUGGACAGAUUCUCGAGUAGCUGCAUAUAAUCCCGCUCAGAAACUCUUUAUGUGUGUGGACUGCGAGUGUGUGGGUUUUUUGUCACGUGUGGCCGAGCAUUGGCUUGGAGCCCAUGCCAAUCUAAGGGUGUUUGCUUGUCCUCGAUGCCCUUACACAUCAGCCUGGUCUCGUUGUGUCAAAAUGCACUUGACAAGACAACACAAUGAACAGUUUGCCGACACUAAUAUGUGGAAAGAAAAUUCAACCUUAAUGGAAGUGACACGUCUCAUGCAAGAAUUACGAAAUAAAGUAGAGAAUAGGAUCGACUCCAGUAAUACAUUAGCAGAUAAACGAUUCUAUUGUCCUCAUUGUCCAUAUGCCACUGAUCGCCGUGAUCUAUACACACGACAUGAAAACAUCCACAAGGACGAUAAACCUUUCCACUGCUACCUUUGCUUUAAACAAUUCAACAGAGCAGACCAUGUAAAAAAACAUUUUGUCCGAAUGCAUCCUGAAACAGAAUACGAUAUUUCUAAAAUACGAAAGCAACCAAGUAGUGGACGUGGCGGUGGUCAUUCUCCACCAUCACCACCUGCACCAUUACCUCCAGAGAUUCCACAACCACCACCACCACCACCACGUGUAAUGACACCAGUUGUCUCGCCCCCAGUUGUGAUCCCUCCAGUGCCAUCUUCACCCACUGCCACUCCUGCAGUGACUGAUGCAGACUUGGCUCCCUUAAGUGCCCCGUCCACACCUGGCGAGUGCAGUCCACCAUCUCCUGGAGCUAUCACAAGCAUGGGCAUGGGAAUGAACAUGUCGGGGGUGGAGAGUCCAGAACCCGGACGCAGUCGAAGACGAGGGGAACGAGCAUACACUUGUCCUUAUUGCCACUGGUCUGGUAGUGAUAAUUGGUGUCUCAAACGGCAUAUGAACACCCAUAUAAAGCCUUUUGCCUGUGUUAUGUGCGAUUACAAAGCUGCCCGAGCUGAACGCCUGUCAACCCAUGUGUGGAAGGUCCAUAACAAGAGGAUCUGUAACAAGUGCAACUACCUGGCUGAGACACAGGAGCGCCUAUUGGAGCACACACGUGAAGAACAUCACAACAACCCAUAUUCAAGACGGUACAUCUGUUCAUCAUGUGGUCUCACCUUUGACACUCGACCAGCUCUGGAGACUCAUCAGCAUCUCAGUCAUCCUCACCUAGCAAGCCCCACAACUACUACUGCUGCUCUUCUUCCAGCUGUUCAGGAUGUUGCACAUGAUUUGUCAAUAAGAAGUGAAUUAAAUUCGAAUGCUUCUCAAGUUUCAUCCCCUCUUGUAUGUCCUGUGGAAGGCUGUGGGCACACAGUGAGCAGUGGUGGAGCUCUUGCAGAGCAUGUGCGUGGUGAACAUGGAGGUGCAGGUGGAUCUUGUUGUCCGCACUGCGGUUAUCAACUAACCCAUGAUGAACUGUCUAGGGACCACUGGCUAACUCAUCACAAUGAAGUUUGUGCUGCAUGUGUUCAUGUUUUUACUGCUGUAUAUGGACCACAAUUAUGGAAGAAAGUACAUGUCCGCCCUGCCUCACUUGAAAGUCCUUUAGAUGCUAUUGUAACGGGCCUCAAUCGUAAACGCACCGCUACUGAUGUUUUACCAAAUGUGCCAUCAGUGAUUACUCCCCUUGCACUUGUAGUAGCAUCUUCUCUCCCACAAAGAGAUACCCCUUCUCCAGACUCUGACCAGCAGGAUACAGACAGUGAACGUUUUAACAAGCGAUCAAGGAAGCAGAGUUGUCCAAAAAAAGUUAUUACAGUGGCAGAGUCAGGAUCAAAGACUGGUUCUAUUUCAAAUUCAGUGCGCAGGCGCUCACUUAGAAAAAGAUAUAGAGCAAUGCUCAAUCGCCCAAAGUUUUUGAGCCACCCUUGCCACAGAUGUUCUCAUCGUCCAGUCUUUGCUUCUCGUGCUCGCCUACAGUUACAUGUAAAGUGGAGUCAUGGCCGUCAUAGUGCUGGACGUCGAUGCCAACUCCACAGGGGCCACUCUUUGCCUGUACCCACCAAAGUCCAUUAGUGAACAACUUCCUCAUAAUCUAAACAACGGGUAACCAACAACGUGUAUCUUUUGCAGUUUUGGUAGCAUUGCACCCAUAAUCUGUCUGUAUAUAAUAUAGACAGUUUUUAAAGUUGCAUACAAAAUAUCGCUCAUUACCUGCUCAGUGGUGCAGAGAAACCGAGUCUGCUGUAUUAUUAUAAUUUAUGUACUCUGUGUUUGGUUAACAGAAUGUAGUACAUACUAAUCCACUUUGCAUGUGUUUUGGAAAGUUACAGCGACUCAAUUUAUUACGGUAAUUCCUAUAUCCCUUCGAUACCUAUCCAAGUGGUUGUAUUAAUCUUACCUCUAUCCCUCCAUUUACAAUUCCAUUUUCAUGCCCAAAAAUGGCAUUUCCACCAAGCAUGCCCCAGAGUGACUAGUUUGGAACUUGUAAGUACAAUUACCUCAACUUUGUUUUAAAUUAAUUAUAAAACAAAAUUUAUGAAUAAAAAGUAACUGCUGUUGAGGUGUAUUUGGGGAAACACUUCAAGCUCACUUUAACUAGUAUAUAAAAUGUGUGAAUGGAGUGUGCUUGGCAGAUGUCCAUGGGUUGAUUUAAUCAGAGAUUUGUUUGAGAUUGAAUGUACACGAGAAAUUUGUAAAUUAAAAUUUUGUGAUUGAGUGAAUCUUGAGACCUGGUUGUGAAAUAGUAAAGUAACUCUUGCAAUGGUUGUGAACAGCUAAUGGCUGCCCCAAAUUGAUUUUUUUUUUUUUUUUUUAAAGAAUUGAGAUAUUUCCAAUGAUUGUAUGGCAUCCCUGGUAUCACAUAGUUGGAAUCUCACCAAAAUUAAUGCUUGCUUCUAUUAAUAUUAUCUGUAUAAUAUACUGUACUUAGAUAGUAAGAAAAACUGCAGAGCAUUUACAUUUCUUAUAAGAAAUUAGUCUUUUACAGUUAUACAAAGCAUAAUAAACAUUUUUACUCUAAUUUGUUAAUAAAAUAAAAAACUACUUGAUGAAACAUAAGUUGAUGCCAGGGCAUUGUAUGGGAGUGUGACAGGGGUAGGGGGAGGGGGAGGGAGGGGAAAGGGAAAAUUAUACAGUUCUCAUUGUUGGACUUCGAACUCCAAGUCAUGUUUACAAGUCCAUUUCAAACCAAAGAUUUUGUUGAUUUAUUCUAGAGUUAUGACUUUGUUGUAUGUCAUUGUUAUGUUGCAACCUAAUGGAUUUCUGUGAUUAUUGUUACAAAUGGAAUGUCUACUGAUUUGACCUUGUCUUGUGGGUCAAGUUCAACUAUGGUCUGUCUGAGUGUACUUAACCUGCCUUCUACAAUUAUUUCUUGGACCAUUAUUCCAAGAAAAGUGUGCUUUAUUUAUUUUUUUGUUUUCUUUUUAACAGUUGUAGACUUGGCCUUCUAGUCAGACUGUUGCCAAAGUAUAAAUAUUUAACAAUUCAAUGAGCUAUGGUAUGCCCAGCCACAAUGUAAUGAAUACUGACCAAAUGUCUGGUGCUAACAAGCAUUUUUGUCCAUAGUAGUAAUUUAUUUAAUACAACCUUCAUCCUUCAAUUUACACAGUAUCUCCAGUGAUUAUGAACAUUUAGAUUUGAUUAAGUAUUUUUUGAAGUAAAUUGUAUUUCUCUAUGACUUGUUAAGAUUUAAAGUGUUUGUCAGAACAGCACGUCGGGUUUCAAGUAACUCGGUGGAAAAAAAAAAAUGUGCUCAAACCAACAUGUAAUGUGCCUAAAGCAGUUUAUCAGCCUUGUACAUAACAUUUUAUGACUGUCGAGUAAUAUUAUUCUUUCUAAACACAGCUCAGGACUGUAGUUGUGAAUAAUUUUUAAUUACCUAAGCAAUGCCAACUACACGAGAGGAUAAAGCUUGAAAACCAUUUUCUAAAAUGUUCUUCGAGUUGAAAAGUAAUGCGUCAGUUAAGGCCAACAAUUUAAUACCAAGCAUCCUCUUCUGUCAUGCUGGGAAUAUUAAGCACAUUGCAGUUUUUCAUUAUGAAUACAAAACUCAGUGAUGCAGAAAUGGUACCUGGAGUCACCUUGUAGCCUAUAUAGAGAGGUGGACCAAGUUCACGUUGUAAUGAUGUGAAAGUUAUAUCAAAAUAUUUUUAAAUUACUGUACUGUAAUAUGAUCUUAAAUAUUAAUGGUUAUGCUGUAUUCAUGUACAUUAAAUAGCCCUUCUGAUGUGGCUAUUCAUUCUGUAAAUUAGAUAAAAAAUACCCAAGACAAAAUAAAAAUUUUGUAUGCAUUUUCUCAUGUGAACUUGGUCCAUGUAGCAGGGUAUUCUGAUAACUUAUACGACUUAAUGCUCACCUUUGUGUGGGAUGUAACAUCGAAGUUUCAACUGUAAUCCUGUACUCAAGUAAGUCAUAUUCUGUAACCCAUUUUGUAUUAUAAGAAGUCAUGAUUUCUCCCUUCCAUUAUUUAUAGUUGACAUAGAAUAAACUAAGUGAAUGACAAGUGCCAUGUCGGUAUGUCAUUUUUCUGAGAAACAAAAGUUGCUCCACUUAACAUACAAUAUACACAUCUUUUAUGGAUUUAAAUUAGUACAGUAUAAAAAUAUUUUUAAUUUGAUAUAUGCUGUUAACCAUAUUUGUAGAAAGAAAAAGAACAUAAAGAGCAAAUCUUAUUUUUUAAUUACGUAUUUAAAUUUAUAAAAGAUGUGCAUAACGUAGGUCGCUGGACAUAUAACUUGGAUUUUUAUUCAGUUUCCAUCUUUAUUCAAGUGAUCCUGAAUUCAACAGGGCCACUUCUAGAAAGGAAUUGUUGAGAAAUCCUUCUGUUCUAUGGAAUAUUAUUCCUAUUUGUUACAAAAUGCUUUAUCUGGUAUAAUGAGAAGUAAAGAUCAGUUUUAUUUCUCAUUUAUGAAUAAUCAAAUAUAUUAAGCAAUUGGUAUCUUUACAACCAAAAUUUUCACAUCUGUUGAUAUCCAAAAUUGUGUAGAUUUUUUUUUUAACCCAAGCGAGAUAAAGCUUAAUAAAUACCUUGUAACCUGCGUCUGUGUUAACAUGUUUACACCAACCAUUCCCUUAAUGCCUUGGAUUACCUCUUAUUAUGUACUUUUUCAUACAAAUAAAAUAUAUUAAAAUUUA